GCCAGGAAAUCUUUUGGUGAGCAGCAAGCCACGGCGAAUCGCUGCAUAGACGUCGUGUCCAGAGAUAAUUAGUAUCUUCGCCACGUUGCCAACUUGCAGCACACCUAACGAGCCAAUCAGGGUCUAUCCUGAGAAGGCGCUACUAGGUGGCAGUAGGGUUAUAGAAUCCAGACGUGGCCUCGCACCUAGUAGGUCAUCAGGUUUGGGCCUUCGCUUCUAUACCCCGCAUUCGCGUCACUGACCCUCCCUGAAACACCGCCGCGUUUCCCUCGGCAUUGCAAAAUAGGCGCACCUAGCUACCCCGUUGCGUUAUUGCCCCGCUGUGCUCCUAGUCGCCCAGCUGCCGCGCUACUAGUGGCCCCGUUUUCGCCUAGCUUACAGCUUGUUGUUCAACUCAAAUAGACAUCAGGCCCUCCAGCUCUCCGGCGUCAGACAUGUAGGUCCGAGCAAGGUCGCAAGCUCUUCAGUAGGCGCAUUUAAGUAUAUAUUCUCCCAGACUGGGACCCCUAGGUCCAAACGGAGUACUGGAAUUUUCAAACUAGUGUGGGGAGAUGGUUAUAAGGAGACAGCUAAGCCGCGGCAGGAGGAGGACGGGUGCACGCGACUUAUGCUCCUUACUGCGACGGCCGCCCCUGUCGCUGCCGCUGCUCGUGCUGCUCCUCCUGGCCGUGAUUCCCGCGUCGCAAGUGCGAUGUACUACAGCAGCAGCAGAAUCUGCAGACGCAGGGGGAGCAGACGCAUGGGAUGACGACAGCAGUGACGUCACCGUUAUCACACUCGCGGACGCCGACGUGCCCGACAUCACCGAUGACGACGAGGAGGAGUCUUCCACGUCAUCCCCCUCCUCUUCCACGUCAUCAUCGUCGUCGUUACCGUCGUCGUCGUUUUCAACGUCCUCUGCGCCCUCCUCUUCGCGACCUCUAGUAGUCUCAUCCUCCUCCUCAUCCUCCUCCUCCUCCUCUGCCUUCUCCACCCCCUCUUCCUCCUCUUCCUCCUCCUCGUCUGCUUCCUCCUCCUCCACCUCCUCUUCUCCUUCCUCUUCCUCGUCGUCCGUCCGUCGCUCUCGCUCCUCCACUUCCUCUUCUUCCGCCGCCCCCGCCGCCGCCGCCGCUGCCGCCGCCGCUGCUCAAGCCACCAAAUCCUACAUUAUCCACCUCUCCUCCGCUCCCCCGGUCCUAACCUACCGCGGGGGCCUCCUGGGCUUUAAAGCCACGGCGAUCGCCGACGACGGGGACGACGACGACGACAGCGUCGACGACGACACGAACGACGGCGCCUUUAAGGAGGUCAUGGGCAAGGUCCUUAAAUCGCACGACGGGCCCGUCGCCGACGCGUUGGAGAGCGCCGCCGCCGCCGUCGAUUCCGCCGCGAAGAUCGCAAAGGCGAUUCUGAAGAAAGUCGAGUCGGCAGCUGCGACGGUCGCGAGCCGGUUAAAGGAGGCGAAGCAGAAAGCGGAGCAGCGAGCGGAGUUAAAUUUCUGGUCGCAACGGCCUAGAACCAUCCCAGAUCUACUAUCCCAGCCUGUUAAAGAUUUCCAGCAAUUCUUGGAGCAAUCGCAGCGGAGAAUUCUUUCGAGCAUGAAUAUUCCCGAGGAGAAAAUAUUUCAAAGCUCCACUUUCACUGCUAACAGUUUCGCCGCGACGCUUACCGCAGCGGAGGUGAAGAAAUUGAAAAAGCAUCCCGCGGUGGCUGCAAUUGAGCCGGAUGUUUUGUUUACGAAGCUGACCACGGAUUCGCCGAGGUUUUUGAAGCUGCCCGAAACGCUGUGGCCCGCGACGGGCGGGCAGGACAGCGCGGGGGAGGGGAUGGUCAUUGGGAUUGUCGACACGGGCAUUUGGCCCGAGCACCCUUCGUUUGCUGACCCGGCCUACAAGCCCUACAGCAGACCCCCCAGGCGGUGGCGGGGAAAGUGUGAGAAGCGGGCGGAUUUCAGCGCAUGCAACCGGAAGGUGAUUGGAGCGCGGUUUUUCAGCAAGGGCUUUAAGAAGAACAUGGGGUCUAUCAGCAGCACCGUGGAUUACCUCUCGGCUCGCGACGCGGACGGCCACGGCACAUGGUGUGCAGGGGCGGCAGCAGGCAACGGCCAUGUGCAGUAUGCAGCGGGCACGGGCUAUUCCUACGGCAAUACAAGUGGCAUGGCUCCCCGGGCCCGUCUGGCAAUAUAUAAAGUCCUGUGGAAGCAGAGCGAUGGGCAGUCGUUUGCGACCUACUCUGACAUCCGCGCAGCCGUCGAUGCGGCCGUAUCCGACGGUGUGGAUGUGCUCUCGAUCUCCCUGGGAGGGAGCGUUCCGAGUUACUUCUCCGACAUUGCAUACAUCAAUGCUGCCAAGGCCGGGGUGUUUGUGGUGAUGGCAGCGGGGAAUGCGGGGCGCCCAAAUCCAAAGAAACUGGUCGGCACCAUUGGCAAUGCCUCGCCCUUCUAUCUCACUGUCGGCGCCAGUUCCAUAAGCCGGUACUAUAAUCUGCAAAUCACCCUCGGAGACGGGUCGCAAAUCAUCGGCGUGGGAACUACCCCUCCUCCCACCGGCUCCAACGGCUCUCUCGCUCUCAUAGGCACCGGGAUGGGAGCAGGGAAUGGCAGUAUGGGAGGAGAGGAGGGAGCGGGAACUGAUGGGGGGGACUCUGGUGUAAGCUGCAGCAGUGGGAGUGACAACAGUGGGAGUGACAAUAGCGGAAGUGGGGACACAGCUUCUACCACUGCUGGCUCUGAUGCUGCUGGUGAUGGUGAUGGCAGCAGCAGCGGUGCCGACAGCAGUGAUAGCAGCAACAGUAACAGUACUGAUAGUGUCGAUGCUACUGGUGGUGGUGAUGGCAGCACUGGUGGUGAUGCUGCUGCAGACGAUAGCAGCAGCAGCAGCAACAGCACCAGCAGCAACAGCACCAGCAGCAACAGCACCAGCAGUGACAGUGGCAGCAGUGACAGCAGCAGCAGCGACAGCAGCAGCAGCACCACCAUCGUCAGUUGCAGCAGCACCAGUGGGUCCGGAGCGUCAACAGCAGCAGCAGACACAGAUUCCCUCAUCCCAGAUCCCUCCCCUGACUCUCCUUCAACCUCCACUGAAAACGCUUCCACUGAAGGAGGUUGGGUCGACUCUACUCCAGUCAUCAACGCCCCCCCUCCCUCUGUCGAAGACUCUGUCCCGUGGGUAAUUUGCAGCGAUACCUCCUCCACCUCCUCUCUUUCCGCCUGCACCGCCGAGGCACCAGCAGCAGGAGCCGUGCUGGUGGUGGGAAACAGCGCCUCUCCCUCUGGCACAGUCAGCACUUUAAAGCUUAAAAGGAAGACGCCUCAAGCGGGAAUGUUUGCAACUCUGAAAGAGGUUGCAGCAGGAGCGGCCGGCCGGCCGGCAAUCGUCCUAUCUGUCGAGCACGGGGAGAUUCUGCGGAAAUAUCUGGAAUCCACGGAUAACCCAUCGGCAGUGGUAACCGCAUCGUGGACAGCGAUCGAUCCGACGGCUCCCGUCGUGGCAUCGUUCUCCUCUGCUGGCCCGGUGAUCAGCCCGCGAUUCAAGCUCUACCCGCCGUUCACCCCCACCAACAACAUCUUAAAGCCGGAUAUAAUUGGUCCGGGGUGCGACCUGGUGGCUGCUAUGCCAGGAGAUUCUGCUGCUUCAGCUACAGACAAUCCUGCCGACCAGUCAGCUGGUUCCGAUGGGUCUUCAGGGUCAACCGACUCUUCCUCCUCUUCCUCCUCCUCUGGAGAUACUUCGACCGAUGGAUCUUCGUCCAAUGACACCUCCACGUCCGGGGGGGAUUCUCCAGGUUCGGCAUCGCCCAACACUACUUCCCCAGGCACCAUGUCUGGCUUGGGAGGAUCAACCUUAGCUUCGGGUUGGAGUCUCAACCCGCAGUAUCCGCAGUCGCGGGAUUUCACAUACCUCUCCGGAACGUCCAUGUCUACACCUCACAUUGCGGGUGUAGCUGCACUAAUAAUGCAACGCCGGCCACACUGGACCCCGGCGCAAGUGAUGUCGGCAUUAAUGACUACAGCUUAUAAUGAGAACGGGGUGAAGAAGCCGAUACAAAGAGAUGCAAAGGGAGAAGCUACACCAUUCGACGUGGGCGCCGGACACGUUAACCCAUCGCGGGCCUUAGACCCCGGGUUGACGUAUAAUGCGCGCUUCCGAAGCUACUUGCGAUUUUUGGCGGGGCAAAGCUUUAUCCGGACGAAGCGGUUCUUCCCCUUUGUGCCUUUUCUAGUGCCAAUGAGGGCGUACAAUCUCAACCGGGCGUCCAUCUCCGUUACAAACCUCCUCGGCGUAGCUUUUGUUACGAGGAGAGCAACAAAUGUGUAUUCCGAGACGUCAACUUACAAGGCUUCAAUCGAUGCACCUAAGGGUGUGAAGGUGAGUGUUUGGCCGACUAAAUUUAUGUUGCGUCCAGGGCAAAGUGCCACUUAUGUUGUAACAAUAGCAUCGCUGAAGCCAGUUGGGGAAUUUCGGUUUGGGUCGAUCACGUGGGUGGAUAAUCAUGGGCAUAAGGUGCGCAGCCCAAUUGUUGUAAGAUCUAGGUUCACGUAAAAUACUAUAUUUUUUGUUAGAUUAGAGCCAAUUUUGUGGUCUUUGAUUUUUUACUACUGAGUUGAGAAUAAAAUUAUUGACAGUUC